AUGGUCAACGUAUUCCGACGCCUUACUCGACGCCGAGCCCAAAGUUCCAGCAGUAACCCACCAGACCAAGGCGGAGAUGCUACGGGCCCCAAUUCCGGAGCAUCCCAUCAGCACGGAUUACACCGGGCAGUGAGCGCGAGCUCCGGGAAACGCAGCUGGCGGCAUGAAGAGCCAGUCCCCCGACAGCUCCUCCUGAUCUCCGACACUGUGGAAUUCGAUACUCAUGUAGUCCACCGCUUCCAGGCAGAGGGAUUUGAUGUAAUCUAUAUUCCCUUCCUCGGCACUGGGAAUGAAGAUAAGGACCGAAAAGCGCUGGAGAAUGCGGUGCAUGAGAAAGAAGACGAACUUGAGAAUGGAGAGCGAUAUGCGAUAGUCGCAUAUCACCGACCUGCCUACCUCCUCCUAGCCUCACACCACACAGUAAACAGCAACACAAACCCAUUCCCACACUUAUGCGCCUUGAUAGCCUACUACCCCAUCCCAUCAACAGACCAAUUCACCUACAGACAAAAAGAAAACUGCUUGCCACCAGGCUGCUCAGACACAGGUUCAAUCUUCGGCCCAGACUCCAAGUCAUCAUAUCUCCCAAUCCAAGUCCACGUCCCAGGCCCAAGAGUCCAGCGCUGCGCGCUGUGGCCAUGGAUCAGCCUCAGUGCCUCGGACAGCGACGUCACCUACAAAAAAAUACACCGGUGCUAUGUCUACUCGUACCCGGGGUCUAGAGCCGGGUUCGCGGAGCGGGAAAUUGCCGAGGAAAAAGAAGGCGAGGUGGAUGUGAACUUGAACGAGGAUGACGAGAUCAGCUCGCAGCUGGCGUGGAGUCGGGUGCUGGCGUGUCUGCGGCGCUCGUUCAAUGUCGGGAGUCACUGGGCUGUUAUUGAUAUCGAGACUGUUUGGGAAGAGUACUGGGACAGUGUGAUUGGCGAUUUGGAGACGCAGAAAAAGAAUCACAGUUGUGGUGCUGAGCCCGCGGUUGAGAUGUUGACUGGUCAUGGCCAUUAUGGUGAGAUAGGGUGUCCUGCUGGUGAGGUUUUUGUGAAGUGUAUUCCUACCCAGGCUGGAGGCUCUGAUAUCUCAAGUCUGAGAGAUUUCUUCGCUCAUGCAUAUAUUCCUGCUGGACCAGUUGAUCAGCAGAUCCGCCUCUUGUCGCGCACUGUAGGUGCGGAUCGCAUCGUGGAUGAGAUGUUGUUUUCUUGUCGACAUACUGCCGAGAUUCCAUGGCUGCUGCCUAGUGUUCCACCGACGGAUCGAGAGAUAAAGGUUAUUGUUGUUGUGGUAGCAAGCUUCAGUGCCAGUCAGAUUACACGCCAGAGUAUUUAUUGGGACCAGGCCGGUGUGCUUGUGCAGGUUGGAUUGUUGGAUCCGAGACUUGUGCCGUCGUCAAAAGCUGUCAAAAGCUAUUGA